GCAACAUGUAAACUUGCAAACAGUCAGCUAAGAUGGAACAGUUUCUUGUGAAGGAUAAACAGAGUUUUUUUAACCCAGUGUGAGAGUGGCUGUUCCGGAUUGAAGUGAAGAUGUCGUUGUCCAAGAUGCAGAGCCUGAGAGUGGCAGCUGUGCUGGAGGACUGCUCAGACCAGCUGGACAUACUGGGACACAGUUUGACUGUGCAGAUCAGCAGGGAGCAGGGCACUGAAGCUGCACAGGAGAGAGCCAGGCUGACCAAGCUGAGGAGGGACUGUCAAUACAUCAAGCAGCAGACUUUCAAGCUGCAUUCGGAGCUGGAGGAGAAGCAGAGUUUCACAUCUCUGCUUCAGGUGGUGGAGGAAGAGGAGCAGAGGAAGAAGGCUGAGAAAAUGCGAAGAGAGGGAAAGAAGGAGCUGGAGCAUAAAAAACUAACUCUACAGAGACAACAAAAGGAGCUUCAACAGAAAAUGGAGAAAUAUGAGGACUUGUGCCGGCACAGGGCAGGCCUCAGGCGUCAGCUGGAUGAGGAGUCAUUACAGGCUGCUAACUGGAGGAGGAUUGUGGAGAAAGACGCUGAGCUGCAGCUCCAACAGGCACAGAAGAGGACCAGCCAGGCUGAGAAGUUGCUGGAGGAGCAGCUGGAGGGGCAGCUGGAGAUGCUGCAGAAACAGCAGAGGGAGGAGAUGAGAGUUCACGAGGAGUCAAACAAUUACCAGCAAAAUCAACACCAGAGCUUGCAGCAGCAGCUGCAGCAGAUGCAGCAGCGCACAGAGCUGAUGCUGCUGGACAAGCAGGGGCAGCUGAACAACGUGUGCCGCAAAAGAACAGUGAACUUGGACAAACUGUCGGAGAUGAGGAGGAGGUUCAGGGAGAUGGAGGAGGUGGUGAUGGAGGACAGGCUGGAGCAGGAGAAACUGCUCCAACAGCAGACAGAGGCUAGAGCUGCUACUAUGGUAAAGACACACUCAGAACUCAGAUCAAGGACCCUCACUAUCAUGGUCUAUCAGGUCCUUCUGUCCUGGUGGUUCAUUGUACUGAUCCCUAAUUCUAAACCCUGUUCUGGGACCUUUGACCCUGCAGCUGCAGGCCUGGUGGAAAGGCUGCAUGGUCCGCAGAGGCCUUGGCAGUUUUAAAAAAGCAGAGAAAGGCAAGAAAGGCAAGAAAGGCAAGAAGAACAAAGAAGGAAAAAAGAAGAAGAAAUAGUUAUGUUAAACAUUUAUUUUUG